AUGAAUAACAGCCGUUUCUUGUACAUUCUCGCUGACAACGACCUGAAUAUACGUCUGGUCUCUGAGGAGCUGGACGAUGGAUCGUUUAUGCCCUCAAGUAAGGCGAAAAGUUCAUUAUUGACAUCAGACAAAGCCGGAUGGGAACAGUAUGUGCAAGUUAAACCAGAUGACACGUCGAUAACCCAGCCUGUUGAUUUUGACAAGUCCAAUCGGAACGUGUACUGCUGUGGAGUGACGAGCAGAGCGAUCUUGGAUAUGAUCUGUUCACAAGAACCCCUGUUUGAUAAUCUGCAGGAAUCAAUAAGAGCUCACUAUUUGCGGCAGUUAGGCCAAGUCGGAUAA